AUGAUAAGAAUGAGCAGGAGAAAAAAGGAAGAGAUCAGCAAGAUGACGGAAGAGACUGGCCAUUGUAAACCAGAUGUGAAAGAAAGACAAAACAAGACUGAGGAGCAGAGGUCAGAGCAGAGGCUGGAGGUGAACAUGCAGGACAGAUUUGAUAAGCACAAGCUAAGACUUCAGCAGGUACAACAUGAAGAAACCCUGUUUGAGAAAGACAACAUGGACUCAAACACUAAGAAUAAAGUGAACACUGACGUGAAAAGAGUGAUGCAAGUAGAAGAAAUCCGAAAGAUGGACAACACCAGGGAGGAGAUGGUCAAAGCCCAAACGAAUAUGGAUCAGAAAAAGGAAGAGGUCAAAAAGUACAUGAUGCAGACAGAAAUUCAUGAAGAAACAUCAAUGGAUGAUGAUCAGACAGAAUUAGUGAUUAAUGUAAGAGAAGUGGAAGAAGUGGAAAAGCAGAUGUCCAAACUCAAGGAGAGAGAGGAGAAGAUACGGGAGCAAAUCAAAUAUGCUGAGCUUGAAAUCACACUAGAAUAUGUUAAAAGGGAAAGAAGAGAGAUGCAAGUGUUGAAAACUGAGUUGGAGAUCAGCAAAAGAGAAAAUCAACAGCUGAUCAGAAAAGGCAUUCGCAAAGAGCAGGAAGGUAAAAGGAUAUGGGUUGAGGUCAAAGGUGAAAAAGACAUCCUCAAGAGGGAGACACAAAAGAGAAAGAAAGAGCUCGACCAGCGACUUGAGAGAAUUAACAGAGAGAGGGAUGAACUGGAGAUCAUGAAAUUGAAGAUGCAAAGAAAAAAUGACAGGAGCAAAGAUGUAAUGAAAGAGUCCAGGAUGGCAAUAGUCACAAACAUUCCAGAUCCAAUUGAGUUGAGAAACAAACAUGAAUUUAAAUCUGUCAAAAUGAAAAAUGAUGCCCAUGAAGAAAUUCAAGAGCUAGAAGAAAUCAAACAUAAAGAAGAAGACAAUGACAUGCUGCAUUUUAAACAGAUUGAGCAGGCAAAAAGAGGAAAACUGGAACCAAAUAAAGAAAAAAGUGCAAAGAACACUGUGGUCUUAAAAGUAGAAGGUAUAAAAAGAAUGUCUGAUGUGGUCAAUGAUAAGAGAGGGAGGGAGAUGAUGAGUAAAGAGAAACUGGAGGUGGAGCUGACGAGGUCUGACAUUCUGAAACAAAGGGACAUGUUAGAACAAGUGAUACAAGAUAUAGAAGAGGAAAAAGAAAAGCUGGAACUCACAAAGACUGAGCUACAAAAGAAGAAAGAACAUGCAGACAGUCAGUUUUAUGAGAUCAAAAGACAGAAAACCAACAUUAAAGAUCUGACACUUCAGCUUCAGACAGAAAGAGACAAACUUGACAAUGUCAUGAACAUGAUUACCUUAAAACAAGAAGAACAACAACUCAAGGAAGAAGAGUUCAAAAGACAAACACAAGAACUGGAAACCAGUAAGAACAGUGUACUGGUAGAAAGAGAAGAACUGGAACUUUUGAGGAGCAAUCUCAACAGGAAGAAAGAAGAGGUUGAAGCUGCCAUGAUCACCAUCAAUGGAGAGAGGGAACAACUCAAUCAGAUGACGAGUAAUACUGACAUGGACAGACGAAUGCUCAAGAAAGAAAAGGACAGAAUGGAAGGAGAAAGGUCUGACCUGAAAAUAAGAGAAGAUCAACUCUUGAAUGAAAUGAAAUCACUAAAAACUCUGAGGGAAAAACUACAACAACUAACUGAAAAGAUGAGAGAAGAUGUGAAAAACAAAAUGGAAAGCUUAAAACAAAACGAUCAAGAUGUAGUAAUGCUGUACACUGUAUUGGAAGAAAAGCUCACAGCUCUAGAUGUACAGAGAGAGAACCUGUCUGGAUACAGUGAGCUGUUAGAGAGAGAAAAGAAAAGUCUGAUAGGUAUACUGUCAGACAUUGUCAUCCAGAGAGGAAACAUGGAAAAUCAAUGGAAGCUGAAGUUUGAGUUGUACAAACAAGAUCUCUACAAACUGAAGUCAGGGCAAAAGCAAGACAGAGAGGAUCUGGAUAGAGAGACUGAGAUGAUGAACAAAGAGAAACUGGACUUGGAGCUGAUGAGGUCUGACAUACUGAAACAAAGUGACAUAUUAGAACAAGUGAUACAAGAUAUAAAAGAGGAAAAAGAAAAACUGGAAAUCACAAAGACUGAGCUACAAAAGAAGAAAGAACAUGCAGAAAGUCAGUUUGAUGAGAUCAACAGACAGAAAACCAACAUUAAAGAUCUGACACUUCAGCUUCAGACAGAAAGAGACAAACUUGACAAUGUCAUGAACAUGAUUACCUUAAAACAAGAAGAACAACAACUCAAGGAAGAAGAGUUCAAAAGACAAACACAAGUACUGGAAACCAGUAAGAACAGUGUACUGUUAGAAAGAGAAGAACAGGAACUUUUGAGGAAGGAUCUCAACAGGAAGAAAGAAGAGGUUGAAGCUGCCAUGAUCACCAUCAAUGGAGAGAGAGAACAACUCAAUGAGAUGAAGAGUAGUACUGACCUGGACAGACGAAUGCUCGAGAAAGAAAAGGACAGAAUGGAAGGAGAAAGGUCUGAGCUGAAAAUAAGAGAAGAUCAACUCCUGAAUGAAAUGAAAUCCCUAGAAUAUCUGAGGGAAAACCUGCAACAGCUGGAUGUAAGGAUGAGUGAAGAUGUGAAAAACAAAAUCAUGAGACUGGAACAAAACAAUGAAGACUUACUAAAACUGUUGAGUGUUUUGGGGAAAAAGCAUGAGGCUCUGGAUAAACUGAAGGAAAAUAUGUCAUCUUACACUGAGACAUUAGAGAGAGAAAGAGAAGGGUUGAAGAGUACGAUGUCAGAAAUUGUCAUGCAGAGACAAGAAAUGGCCAAUCGACUGAAACAAGAGACUGAGUUGGAAAAGACACAUCUUAUAGAACUAAAGGCAGAGCAGAAGCAAGACAGAGAGGAUCUGGAUAGAGAGAGUGAGAUGAUGAACAAAGAGAAACUGGACUUGGAGCUGAUGAGGUCUGACAUCCUGAAACAAAGUGACAUAUUAGAACAAGUGAUACAAGAUAUAAAAGAGGAAAAAGAAAAACUGGAAAUCACAACGACUGAGCUACAAAAGAAGAAAGAACAUGCAGACAGUCAGUUUGAUGAGAUCAACAGACAGAAAACCAACAUUAAAAAUCUGACCCUUCAGCUUCAGACAGAAAGAGACAAACUUGACAAUGUCAUGAACAUGAUUACCUUAAAACAAGAAGAACAACAACUCAAGGAAGAAGAGUUCAAAAGACAAACACAAGAACUGGAAACCAGUAAGAACAGUGUAUUGGUAGAAAGAGAAGAACUGGAACUUUUGAGGAAGGAUCUCAACAGGAAGAAAGAAGAGGUUGAAGCUGCCAUGAACAUCAUCAGUGUAGAAAGAAACCAACUCAAUCGGAAGAAGAAUAGUACUGACAUGGACAGACAAAUGCUGGAGAAUGAAAAGGACAGAAUGGAAGGAGAAAGGUCUGACCUGAAAAUAAGAGAAGAUCAACUCUUGAAUGAAAUGAAAUCCCUAGAAUAUCUGAGGGAAAAACUGCAACAGCUGAAUGAAAGGAUGAGUGAAGAUGUGAAAAACAAAAUCAUGAGACUGGAACAAAACAUUGAAGACUUAUUGAAACUGUUGAGUGUUUUGGAGCAAAAGCAUGAGGUUCUGGAUAAACUUAAGGAAAAUAUGUCAUCUUACACUGAGACAUUAGAGAGAGAAAGAGAAGGGUUGAAGAGUACGAUGUCAGAAAUUGUCAUGCAGAGACAAGAAAUGGCCAAUCGACUGAAACAAGAGACUGAGUUGGAAAAGACACAUCUUAUAGAACUAAAGGCAGAGCAGAAGCAAGACAGAGAGGAUCUGGAUAGAGAGAGUGAGAUGAUGAACAAAGAGAAAUUGGACUUGGAGCUGAUGAGGUCUGACAUCCUGAAACAAAGUGACAUAUUAGAACAAGUGAUACAAGAUAUAAAAGAGGAAAAAGAAAAACUGGAAAUCACAACGACUGAGCUACAAAAGAAGAAAGAACAUGCAGACAGUCAGUUUGAUGAGAUCAACAGACAGAAAACCAACAUCAAAAAUCUGACCCUUCAGCUUCAGACAGAAAGAGACAAACUUGACAAUGUCAUGAACAUGAUUACCUUAAAACAAGAAGAACAACAACUCAAGGAAGAAGAGUUCAAAAGACAAACACAAGAACUGGAAACCAGUAAGAACAGUGUAUUGGUAGAAAGAGAAGAACUGGAACUUUUGAGGAAGGAUCUCAACAGGAAGAAAGAAGAGGUUGAAGCUGCCAUGAACAUCAUCAGUGUAGAAAGAAACCAACUCAAUCGAAGAAGAAUAGUACUGACAUGGACAGACAAAUGCUGGAAAUGA